AAGGAGUCCGAAUGAACUGCACAUCAGAUCUGAUCUCACACUAUUCAUACACACAACAGCGCUUUAUAACCAAUAUACACUUACUAAAUAUACUUACACAUACCCAGAUACUAACAAACACCUACUGUACACUUCAAAAUAGUCUAGUCAGGGUUGUAUGACUUGACUUAUGAUAGCUAACUUAUUUAUCCACAACAACAUAUUUAUGUCCACCAUGAUGGGUUUAACAACAAUUAAGUAAUUCUGUAACUGCAGUAUAGGACUCAAGUGUAAUGGGGAUGGGUAAACACUCCAUGUUGAAAGUGUGUUUAUCUGUGUGUACGUACCUGAGGGAGUAUAUGUCUGUAGUCUGUAUCACCUCUCUCUUCCAGGAGGAGGGUCCAGAGGUGCUGCUGGUGAAGGAGGAGGGGUGUGAGGAGGGUCUGGGGAACCCUGGGGGGACCAUGGUCAUGGAGGACAACCAGACUACACCUCCUGAACCCACAGAGGACCCAGCUGAGCAGCACAGGACCACACACAGUCUCAGUGAGUCAGUAGACAAAGAGGAUGGGAUGCCUGAUCUGCAGCUGGUCAAAGAGGAGACAAUAGAGAACAGACCAGAGAGUGGACUAAAGAUCUGGGAUGAAGGUGGUUGGCUCGAAGCUAACAGAGGAGACUGGGCGGUCAUCUUGGAUUCCCAGACCGGUGCAGCCAAGGUUCCUGUGGACGACGUCACCGAGCAGGCCAGGACCGGAGGCGACAUAGUGGAGUCUGCAGUCCAUGAGGACGUGCUGAUAUCUAGUGUUGCUGGCGGGAGAGACUGGACCUCUGAAGCGGCUGGUCUCAAACCCUGGCCCCGGAUCAGGACACUGGAUCAGGAGCCGUCACUCUUCCUUCGCGAGUCAGAACCAGGACCCAACCGCGAAGGACAGAGACCCCACCACACAGAACACAACCAGUGGAUAGGUGGACUGAACAACAGUCCUGGUGGUCAUCAGAAAGACAGAGGCUCCAGUCAUGGAUCCGGUCUGCAGCCCAGACCCUUCUCUUCACAGUCUCAGUGCAGGGAUGGAGCAGGGCCUGGGGCUGAUAGAAAUAGACCCUCCUGUUCCUAUGAUACAAACACCACAGUAUCCAUGAUAAACAGAGCAGGUCACCUUGGGCUUCAGCCUUCACAGAGAGUGGUGGGAGACUCCCCUGGUGGGAGUCUAACAGGAAGUCUGUCUUCUCCUUCAGGGUCUUGUCUAAUGCCUGGUGACUGGAUUCAUAGAAAGCCUGGGCCUGGGUCUAGCCUUUCUCAGUUACCUCAUGGUUACCCCACCAAUACAGACAGGGUCAGGAUGGGCGUUCACCACAAGAAGUACUUAUCCUGUAACACAGCACACAAUCCCAACCACACCCAAACAAUGGCUAGAGGUCAAGGAGGGAGCUCAAAUACUAACCACCUGAGGGUGGUUGCUCCUGCUUCUACCUCCUCUGGUGUCAUUGGGACACAACGUGGGAGGCCGAGCAUUAGGACGGACGCCGACAAGCCAUACACCUGCCCCACGUGUGGGAAGCGCUUCACUGAGGCGAACUAUGUGAAGAGGCACCAGACCGUUCACACCAAGGAGAGGCCCUUCAAGUGCAAACGAUGUUACAAGAGCUUCUCCUUCCUAAGUAGCCUUAUCAGACAUAGGAGUAUCCACAACGUGGAAAAAUUGUAGCAGUGUGGCUUGAGAUGUACACAGGGGAUAUCUGGGAACCAUUAUUUAGCUUAGCAAUUCUCAACUGGUGGGUCGCAGGAAGGUUUGGAAUGGGUGACGGGGUGUCUAAGUAAAAAUGUUUAUAUAUACAGUUGAAGUUGGAAGUUUACAUACACCUUAGUCAAGUACAUUUAAACUUUGUUUUUCACAAUACCUGACAU